AUGCUGAUGGUUUUAGCUCGCGAUGAACGGAUACAACAGCGCUUGCGCGGUGCCCAGAGACGAGAAAUUGGAAUAGUAGACUUUGGUCUCAAAAUUCCAGUCACCUCCGAGGUACAAAUUCCUACCGUAAACCAACAACCUCCAGUGCAAUCGCAUUUGUCUUCGCGACUAGAAUUGGAAAAACCUGUUUACACCCAUAAAACACCAGAAAAUCGAUCGUUCCCUACUAACGUAAAAAAUGGAUCAAAACCCUCGUCAAAACAGGCUCUCUCAACAGCUUCAUCAGCUAAUGCUAACACUUCUAAAAAGAGAAGGAGAUUAGACAAAGAUUCAACAGAAUCAACUUCUCCUCCUAAUACUAGUUUAUCUCCAAAAAAGAAUAAAAAAGAUCUAACAACCUUUUCUGAUGAUGAGUUAUCUACUAGAGUUAACAUUACGGAUAUUUCUAAUGUUUCUGUUGAAAAUGACUCUAUCAAGGUAACAGAAUACUCACAUCCUUACACUAAACAGAGUCCACAGAGACCAGGUAGGAAAUUACAGAUACUCGAAGAAGUUGGUGAAAGUCCUGUGGGCGCUCCCGGUAGUGGCCAGAGGAUUCGUUUAGAAGAGAGAAGUCCUACAAUCUCACGACCAGAUGAGGCUCAGAGCGGUGUUAUCUCACAACCCAUCAAUCACAGGCUGGCAUCAAAGAAGAAAAAACGCAAGAAAGCUUUCAUAGAUACAGAAAUUAGAGAGCGAUCCCCAUCUCUAUUUGUGCGAGAUAACAGAAACAAAAAUAGUCAGGUUGGAGAAGAUAAUCGGGGCGUUUUGAAAGAUAAUGAUAAUAUCAACAUUAAUAAAAAUAAUGAAAUUGAAGAAUGUGAGCUUGAUGAGCUUUCUCCUGAAAUCUCAUACAGAAAUAGACAAGUCGCCGUAGAAAAUACCUUAGAAUCAAAUAAGUCGUCAAUGGAUGAAAUAAAUCCACAAGAACCCGAUAGAUCAUUAAAUAGUAAUCAAGGUGUGAUAAAUAACCAAGAACAAACCAGAAGGCCCCGAGAAUACUCUCCUGACUUGGAUAUGCCUCAGAUGGUACAUAAUAAUGAGAAACGCAAAAAGCAGGACAAGCCAAUUACCACACGUACGCAACAAUCAGGGACUCUUAAAACGAAUUUAAACUCUCAUACGUCUAAAAGAGCUGCCCCUAGCAAACUGCGGUCUAGAGAUUCAAUUCCAGUCACUGUACAUCGAUUAUCAGCACCGAAAAAUAACGAGACUGAUUUUACCAAUUCCAAAUUUCUAAAAGAAGACAUGCGAUAUAAGACUCGUAUCAGUAUUAAUUUUAUUGAUGUCUUGGAUCAAGUUUGUCAGGAAGUAGUUGAAUCAAAACUAUCUCGGCUGAAAGAGCAAUGUAAUCUUUGCAAAAGUGAAAAAUCUCGCAAAGAUUGUGACAUCAAAGUGCGAGCAGUAGAAGCAUAUGGACAAGAAUUACAAACGCGAUUGCUUGAAUAUACAUGUGAUCUUGAUAACUCCUAUUCGCUUGAGAGUCGUCUUCGAGACGAAAAGAAGAAAAGACUUUAUCUCAGAGAGGAACUUCUUCGCAUGCGAGCAGAACGUGACCAAAUUGCUCUACGUAUGGAUGAAGUGAGAAUAAAUCAUGAAAAGUUGAGAGAUGAAGAUAUGCGGAAAGAUGCUCUUAACAAUACUUUACACAAAGUUGAGCUUGCCACAGAUAUAGCAAGAGGAAAUAUUUCUAAAACUACUGAUAAAAAACCUGAGAUUCGAAGUAUUGAAUUCAUGCUCAAAAAAUUGGCUCAAGAAGUCAGCACGAAGAGUGGCUCUGGAGGUAUAUUAAGGCACGUUAAAAAAUUCAAUGAAUUCUUGGAACGAGCGGCAGUGACUUUAGAAAAAAGACCGACAUAA